AUUUUUCUAUUUCAUUUUAUUUUUUAUUUUUUUUUCUACUUCUUUUGAAUAUCGCCACUAUCUCUCUCUCGCUCACUCUUUAAGAUCUGAUACCCCCUUCGAGAUUUUUUCCCCUUUCAGACCAUGAACAAACUAUAUGUUGGGAAUUUAAGUCCUUCGGUCACUGUCGAGGACUUGAAGCAGCUCUUUGGGGAGAGGAAGCUGCCAGUGGCCGACCAGGUCCUACUGAAAUCCGGCUAUGCUUUUGUGGACUUCCCCGACCAGAACUCGGCCAUAAAGGCUAUAGAGACUCUUUCUGGUAAAGUUGAAUUACACGGAAAGGUGAUAGAGGUAGACUACUCUGUUCCCAAAAAACUAAGGAGUCGGAAGAUCCAGAUCCGGAACAUUCCCCCUCAUCUACAGUGGGAGGUUUUGGACGGCCUUCUAGCUCAGUAUGGUACUGUAGAAAACGUGGAACAAGUGAACACUGAUACAGAAACAGCAGUGGUGAAUGUUACGUACGCAACCAAGGAGGAAGCUAAAGUAGCCAUUGAGAAGUUAACAGGACACCAGUUUGACGACUACUCCUUCAAAGUGUCAUAUAUUGUGGACAUGGAUGCUGCUCCGCCCGACCAGGCUCCCCGCACGCGGCGCGGGGGUCGGUCGUCCAGGGACCAGGACGCCUCUCAACCUGGGCCCUCUGGAGAAUUUGGGGCUCCACGCGCGAGACAACACGACUUCCCCCUGCGCAUGCUCGUGCCUACUCAGUUUGUGGGAGCCAUCAUCGGCAAGGAGGGCCUCACCAUCAAGAAUGUCACCAAACAGACACAGUCCAAGGUGGACAUUCAUCGGAAGGAAAAUGCAGGUGCAGCAGAAAAGCCCAUCACUAUCCACUCAACUCCAGAGGGCUGCUCCUCCGCCUGUCGCAUGAUCCUGGACAUCAUGCAGAAGGAGGCCAACGAGACCAAGACGACGGAGGACAUCCCUCUGAAAAUCCUCGCCCACAACAGCCUCGUGGGCCGGCUGAUUGGGAAGGAGGGUCGCAACCUGAAGAAGAUUGAGGAGGAGACAGGGACCAAGAUUACCAUCUCCUCGUUACAAGACUUAACCAUUUACAACCCUGAGAGGACCAUCACGGUGAAGGGCAGCUUGGAGGCGUGUUGUAAAGCCGAGGCGGAGAUCAUGAAGAAACUGCGGGAAGCCUACGAGAAUGACAUUGCUGCUAUAAACCAACAAGCUAACCUGAUCCCAGGCUUGAACCUGAAUGCUCUGGGCAUCUUCUCCUCUGGUCUGCCGGUGCUGCCCCCUGCUGCUGGACCACGCGGUGCAGUGCCCCCUGUGGCACCAGCAGGAUACAACCCAUUCUUAAGUCACUCUUCACAUCUCAGUGGCCUGUACGGGGUUCCUCCAGCAAGUGCCAUCACCCACCAGCACUCACAACAGGCUCAAGAGCAGGAGGUUGUCUACCUCUUUAUUCCAACUCAGGCAGUCGGGGCCCUGAUCGGCAAGAAGGGCCAGCACAUCAAACAACUCGCCCACUUCGCUGGAGCUUCCAUCAAGAUUGCCCCAGCUGAGAACCCAGAUGUUACUGAGAGGAUGGUUAUCAUUACUGGAACCCCAGAGGCUCAGUUUAAGGCCCAAGGUCGGAUAUUUGGGAAGCUGAAAGAGGAGAACUUCUUCACAGCGAAGGAGGAGGUCAAACUGGAGACGCACAUCAAGGUUCCCUCAACUGCAGCCGGCAGGGUCAUCGGUAAAGGCGGCAAGACGGUAAACGAGCUGCAGAACCUUACGAGUGCUGAGGUCAUCGUACCGCGGGACCAAACUCCAGACGAGAACGACGAGGUCUUUGUGAAAAUCAGUGGGCAUUUCUUUGCCAGCCAGACUGCACAGAGGAAGAUCCGGGAGAUCAUUCAGCAGGUCAAACAGCAGGAACAGAAACACCAGCAUGGCGCCGCCGUGUCACCACACCACUCCAAGUGACCAGCGGGGGUGGCUCCAGCGGGCACCAGCCAAUGAAUGUAGCCCUCCCAAACGGACAGAGACCUACCCAGACAAAGGCCAAGGCCAAGGGGGACAUGCAGGGCAGACCAGCAGCACCGAUCAAAACCAAAGAACUUCACUAGGGGGGAAACAAGUGAGAGCCAAAGGCUGAGGGCAUUGUGUGCACUGCCAGCCCUGUGAGAGCAGAUAGAGUGGGAGAAACCGUACUGAUAUAAUAUAAUAAAAAGACCAAAAAAAUCUUUAAGAAAGGUGGAAACUGUUGUCUUCGCAGUUAAAAAGGCAAACAGAAAAUAGUAUGUCGCCCUGCAUAAUGUUAUCUCUUAAGUUGGACUAACAUAGGCCUAACAAACGGAUAAAGCAACUGUAUUAACACGAGAGUAUACGAGGCAUUGUGAUUGAUAUUUU